AUGGCUUCCCCACCAGAGCUUGUCCCGCAAACAGAAUCUAUUGCGGAGGUCUACGCCACAGACGAUGUCUCAGCGAGAUCAGUUGACCCUGAACACCAGAAACGAUUCAAUAACCUCAUCUCCAAGUUCAACGCACAAUACAACCACCGCCCUGACUUCGUGUCGCGCAGUCCCGGCCGUGUGAACAUCAUUGGCGAGCACAUUGACUACUCCCUUUACGAUGUCUUGCCGACCGCUGUUAGUGUGGACGUGAUAAUGGCCGUCAAGGUCGUUCCUGCUACUGCGUUUGAAACAACCGUCAAGAUUUCCAAUGUGUCGCCGGGGAAGUUCCCCGCACGCGAGUUCACCGUUCCCCGCGAGACCGAUAUCGAGAUUGACCCCAAGAAGCACGAAUGGGUAAGCUACUUCAAGGCUGGCCUACUUGGCGCAUUAAAGUUCUUGCGCAAGCAGAAGGCUGAAGGCUCGCUGGUUCCUGCUAGCUUGGAAAUCCUAGUCGAUGGUAAUGUUCCUCCGGGUGGUGGCAUUUCUAGCAGCGCUGCGUUCGUCUGCGCGAGUGCACUAGCCGUCAUGAAAGCCAACGAUCACGACGUGUCGAAGCAGGAUCUGCUAGACUUAGCUGUCGUGUCGGAGCGUGCUGUCGGUGUAUACUCUGGCGGUAUGGAUCAGGCUGCAUCCAUCUUCUCGAAGCGCGGAUUCCUACUGUAUACCCAAUUUUUCCCAGAAUUCAAGGUCCAGCAAAUCCCCAUUCCUACCGCAGAAAACGAAAUCACCUUCCUCAUGGCGCAGAGCUUCGUCACAUCGAACAAGGCCGAGACAGCACCUCGCCACUACAACCUGCGUGUAGCAGAGUGCACCCUCGCCGCCGUAAUCCUGGCCAAGAAAUACGAUCUGACUCUGCCAAAAGACAGCAGCUCGCUUGGAUAUAGCCUGCGCACCUUCCAAAACGAACUGAUGACCAAGGAAGGCCGCUUGCAAGAUCCGCUGGAAUCCCAAAUUGACUCAGUCAUCCAGGCAACCUCGAAUCUGUUCACAAAGGAGGAGGGGUACACACGUGAAGAAAUGGCACAGUUGCUGGAUAUCACUGUACCUGAUUUGGAGUCGAAGUUCUUGUCUUCGUUCCCUGUGCAGGCAGAGCGGUUCCGCCUGCGCCAGCGUGCGCUCCACUGUUUCAAGGAGUCUCGCCGUGUGCUCGAUUUUUCAGCAUGUCUCCUCAAUGCUUCGCAGUUGGACUCUAGGCGCAUCGAGUAUCUCGGUCAACUUCUGAAUGAGUCGCAGGAGUCGUGCCGUAACUCCUACGAGUGCAGUGCUCCUGAAGUGGAUGACAUCUGUGAUAUUGCUCGUCGGGCGGGUACUUGGGGUAGCCGUUUGACUGGUGCCGGAUGGGGUGGAUGCACUGUGCACAUGUUGCCCCAGGAUAAGGUUGCGGCAGUGACCCAAGCUUUGCGGGAUGAAUAUUACUUGAAGAAAUUCCCUGAUAUCACUGCAGAGAAGCUCGAGCAGGCUAUGGUCAUCAGUAAGCCGUCGAACGGCUCAUUCUUGAUUACUGGAGCCGCUAUUGGCAAUGCCCCUCUUAAAACUUAA